UCUCGGAGGCAAGAAAGGGAGAAAAGGACCAAUAAAUUCCUUGUUUUAUUUCUCCUUUUGGCUUGAUUUUGCUGCUUGGCCUUGAGAUCAAAAAUGCCCGCUGAUAAGAUUUUCAUCCUGGGACUUGUCGGAAAUGCGACUGCGAUUGCCGUAUAUGCAUCGCCAAUACCAACCUUUAGCAUCAUCUCCCGGAAGAAAUCCACCGAGAUGUUCUCCGUGGUUCCAUACGUCCUCACGCUCUUGACGGCGGCACUGGGGCUCUACUAUGGAAUGAUGAAGAGCGGCGGGGGAUUGCUCAUCGUGACCGUUAACUGCGUUGGAUGCGUCUUCGAGCUCGCCUAUAUCAUCAUCUUCUACAAAUACGCCUCCAAAGCCAGCAGGCGGAAGAUUUGGAAGCUGUUGGGUGUGGAGCUUUUCAUCUUGAGCAGCUUGAUUCUCAUCACCCUCUUUGCAACACGCGGGAAACUCCGAAUCAUCGUCAUCGGGAGUGUCGCGUCGGCCAUUGCCAUUGCCAUGUACGCGUCGCCUCUCUCGGUCAUGAGAACUGUGAUUCGCACCAAGAAUGUGGAAGCAAUGCCCCUCACACUCACCAUCUUCCUCCUCAUCAACGGGAUCCUCUGGUCUGGAUUCGCCUUCUUCACCAAAGACAUCUUCAUAGGAAUCCCAAGCGUCGCCGGUUCCGUGUGUGCUGUCGGCCAAAUAGUUCUCUACAUCGUCUGCAAGAUAUUAAGGCAGAAGAAGGAAGAGAGCAGUAAACCGGAGGGAAAGCAGCACAUCAUCGACGUGAAAGAGAGCAGUACCGAGGCGAUCGACCUCAGAAUCCCACCGCUACGGCAGCAGUCCCUCACCGGAAGCGCUGCCUUUAGAACAGCGUCGGGAAAAGUGAUGGAUCUUCUCAAAGAGCUCAAAGAGAUACCCACUGGGAUCCCCGCCUGCAGGACAGCGUCCGAAAAGCUGUUCAAGGAAGCUCCACAGUACGUGGAACUCGCAAAGUAGGAGCAGCAAGCAGGAGCCGAAAACUCGCCCCCGCCUUCUCCUGUAAACUGGUUUGCUUUUCUCGUUGUCGUGUAAACAACUGACACCACCGUGAAAUAGGAAAUAUAAAUCUGUGGAAUUCAUACCUGUUGUCACAAAUCUGUGCUUCUCUAUAAACAGCUUUGAGAUUCUUGUGAAUCCCUGUAGCUA